AUGCACGCUGCCCAAGUCGGCUUUGAGGCUGCCGUAGAGCAAUGGAUUGAGCUUGACCUGAACCCGGCGAAGGUACUGAGCAUUUUCCCAGAAAGUAUUGCGGGGCAGGGCCUGACGGCGCUGCCAAGCGACUGGAUCAAGGUGUGGGGCGAAGGGCUUGAGAAGGAGGCAGGCACUGAUGCUGCUUCAUUGAGAAGCGCCACCACAAGUCCUACCCGUUCCUCCGAGCGCGACGGCUUCGACCCACAGAUCCUCACCUCGCGGCCCGCCCUCGAAGCCCUAGGUCGCUUCUUGGCAGAUCGGCGCCGCAUCUUCAAGCCCAUCCUGGAAGACAGGCUGCCUGUUACCCCUACCCCACACGAAGCUAUGCUUUCUCUCCCCUCCGUCCCCUUACCGUCCAUGUCUCUGCAGGACGUGACAGCCCUCGCUCGCGUGGUGGACACGUCCCUCUUCAAGACUUUCCUUGAGACCAAGCCCUCCCUCGUUGGACCACUUUGUCGCAUCCAGAACUGGUGCGAGGUGAGCGAGGUAGAGGAGAUCCUCGAGGCAAAGGGCAAGUUCUCCGAAUUGAUUCACCUCUACGGCGGCAAGGAUAUGCAUGAUCGUGCACUGAAACUGCUGAAGAAAUUCGCGGACGAGGAAGACGAUGAGGAGGAGAAGGUCGGGCCGACUAUACGCUACUUGCAAUCCCUUGGACCGGAGCACAUCGGCGUAAUACUGGAGAAUGCCAAGUGGGUGCUGGCGGAAGAUAGGCAAAGGGGAAUGGAGAUAUUUACGGCCGAUACGGGCAAGGUGUCGCAGCUGCCCCGGCUGGAGGUGGUGGAGCUACUCUGGUCCAUCGACGAGGAUAUGUGCGCUGAGUAUCUCGAGCAUAUCAUCCAUCAGGUGGGGGAUGGAGAUCCAGAACUGCACGAGCGUCUUGCGCACAUCUAUCUGCGCAGAGUACGCAAUCACCCAGGCGAGUCGGAUCAUGGCCUGCGGCUCUUGACCUUCUUGAGUCAGUCGCAGCAGUACCGUCCCGAGAGGGUGUUGACGCAGCUGCCCUCUGAGGGGCUAUGGGAAGUGCGUGCCGUCCUACUUGGUAAGAUGGGAAGACAUCAGGGGGCUUUGAGCAUCCUGGUGGAGCGGAUAGGAGGGGAAGAAGGUAGGCAGAAGGCAGAAGCGUACUGCGCGGACGUGUACGCGAGGCGCAGUGAGUCGGGAGCGAGCGGUGAAGAGAAGAAUAUCUUCUUGCUGCUGUUCACGCUUUACUUGCGAACGGGGACGAAGCAGCAGGCAGAGGAUGGGGAGGGUUCACUACACCUCAGCGACCUCGACGCUGCUUUGCGCCUGCUAUCUGUGCACGCUGCCUCCAUGGAUCUCUCGGCCGUGCUGGACCUGCUUCCACCCCUUGUCCCGCUCUCCUCGCUGCGUGCUUUUCUCGUCAAGGGCUUGCAAGCCUCGCACCGCCGCAAGUUCGACAGCUCAAUCCUCUCGUCGGUAUGCAAGGAGAGGGACAGCCAGCUCGACGAAGGGCUGGCCGUGCUGCGAGGCAGACGGGUAAAGGUCACGCAAGGCAGGACAUGCCCCGUCUGUGGGAAGAGACUAGGUGUCAGCGUCAUUGCGGUCACGAGCAGGGGAGAGGUGCUGCACUACGGUUGCAGGCAAGCGCAGCAGCAGCAGGUGGAAAGGGAGCAGCGUGACUGGGAGAUAGGGUCGAAGCGGUCCCCCGUUACCAAGUUUGGGGAGUUGCGGUGAGCACGAUGGUAAUCUCAGCGCUGGUAAUGCUACAUUUGUCUGAAUUAG